AUUACGAAAAGGAAAAAAGAAAGAAUAAAAGGAGGAGAGGAGUGGGCGAGUGGGAGGGUUUUGUUUUCGAAAGCUUGCUUCUUCUUCAUACAUCUUCUUCUGGUCGCGGCGGAUUCCAUCAUCACUCUCCGAUUAUUAUUAUUACAGAAAUCGCCGGUGAUUGGCAGAUCUGACACUAACUAUGGGCAGCAGAGGCGGAGGAGUUCAGGGAAUACCCUCGGCAUCUAGGAAGAUGGUACAGAGUCUUAAAGAGAUUGUUAACGGCGUAUCGGAUGCUGAGAUCUAUGCCGCCCUAAAAGACUCUAAUAUGGACCCUAACGAAGCCGUUAAUCGUCUUCUUUCUCAAGAUCCUUUCCACGAGGUGAAGAGCAAGCGAGAGAAGAAAAAAGAGGUUAAGGAUACCACAGAAUCUAGGCCUCGUGGUGGUGGUAGCACAUCAAACCGCGGUGCCAGAAGCGGUACAGAUCGUUAUUCUGGGCGUGGUGGUUCAUCACAGUUUAGCUCUUCUGAAUCUGGUGGUUUACAUGGAAAAUCUAAGAGGGAAAACGGUACAAGUUCUUACACAAGAUCAUCUGCACCAUCUUAUGGAGUUGCGUCGACUAAUACAAGUCGAACCCCUGCAACUUACAGUGGUUCUGUUAGCUAUGAAAAUAAAGCAUCAACUUUCAGUGUAGCUGAUAGUACCGCAACGGUUUCACAACCACCCUCUUCUGGGUUUCAAUCCGCUUGGAUGGGUGCACCCGGUCAAAAGUCAAUGGCUGACGUUGUGAAAAUGGGCAAACCGCAAAACAAGGUUUAUAGCACCCCGGUCCCACCUCAGCCGCCAUCAACAUAUUAUGAGCCGAAUUCAUGGGAGGACAAUUCUUAUAAAGCUCCAGAGACGCAUCAAGAACACAACGAUCAUCAUGUUUCUCACGAUGAUGACUGGCCCGUUAUGGAGCAGCCACAGCCUGUUAAUGUGCAAUCUGUAGCGGCUCCCGAGCCUCAUGUUGAGUCGGACAAUGUGGAUUACGAAAGAAGCAAUCAAUACAUUGAUUCUCGUAUAGAAGAGACGCCAGCCGAAGAUGAACAUGUUUUUGAAGAACACACUGAAAACGUUGUUUCAAGUAGAAAUACGCAUGAGGAUACAUCUGGGAGUGCAUCUCUUCAUGACAAUGGUUUGUAUCAUGAGGAUCAAGCUUUUGAGCAUAACGAAGUUGAGGAAGGUGACGCGUUAGCAUCUUCAGUGAGUACAAACAUGCAGCAACUUAAUAUACAAGAAGAAAGACAGUUUGAUGAACCUGAAGAGGACAUCCCUUCUGUAGUGAUUCCGGACCACCUGCAAGUUCAGACUGCUGAUUGCUCGCACUUGAGUUUCGGGAGCUUCGGUUCUACCAUGAAUCCCGGGUUUUCUGGCUCUUUUGCGUCUAGACAGUUAGGAAACCAAACGGAAGAAACACCUGCUGAGCCUGAUACUUCAUCUGUUCGGCCUUCUGAAACUAGAAAUUCUGAGUAUUAUGGUAGCGAAUCUAUGAUACCAGCAGAGAACAAUGCGGUCCACCAGGCGGGGCCAAAUCCUGGAAGUUACGAUUUACCUUCUGCUCCACAAACAGAGGUGUUGAAGCAAGAAAAUGCUGAGGUGGCACAUGAGAGUCAAUAUAGUUUUCCUUCAUCAACACCUGGAUCGGGUUAUUCGUUUGACACUACCCAUCUCUUGAAUCCAGGUUUCCCUCAAUCGCAGACACCUACACAGCUGCCAAAUGCAACUCCUUUCUCGAAUGUUAUGCAGGCUGCAUAUACAAAUUCGUUACCGAACACAUUGUUAGCAGCAAAUGGCCAUCCUGCUAGAGAAUCCGAUCUUUCAUAUUCACCGUUCCCCGUUAGUCAAUCAAUGGCUACCAAAUAUGGUAACUCCGUGCCAUCCAUAAGUGGUUCAACUAUUUCUAUGGCAGAGGCUUUAAAGACUGGUGUUUUCUCAUCAUCUCAACCGACACAACAGACGCCACCUGGCAACACCAUUGCUACAGGGCCCGCUCUUCCACAACACCUAGCCGUGCACCCUUACUCUCAACACACACUCCCAUUGGGUCCGUUUGCAAACAUGAUUAGCUACCCGUUCUUACCUCAAAGUUAUACAUACAUGCCAUCUGGAUUUCAGCAAGCGUUUGCUGGAAAUAGCACUUAUCAUCAACAGCUGGCGGCUGUUCUUCCUCAAUACAAGAACAGUGUUUCUGUUAGCAGCUUGCCUCAAUCUGCAGCUGUUCCGUCUGGUUAUGGUUCGUUUGGUAAUUCUACCGCAAUUCCCGGAAACUAUCAAGUUAAUCAACCUGCAGGCCCUGCGGGGUCCACUUUAAAUUAUGAUGAUGUGUUGAACGCGCAUUACAAAGAUAACAGUCAGCUGCUAUCGCUUCAACAGAACGAGAAUUCGGCAAUGUGGGUUCAUGGAGCUGGUUCAAGAACAAUGCCGGGUGUUCAAGCUAGCACGUAUUACGGUUUCCAGGGUCAAACUCAGCAGCCAAGCGGGUUCAGGCAAGGUCAACCGCAGCAGCAGCAGCAGCAACAGCAGCCGUCUCAGAGUUAUGGUGGGGCUGCUCUUAACUACCCAAAUUACUACCACUCCCAGACGGGAAUAUCCCAGGAACAUCAACUACAGCAAAACCCUAGAGACGGGUCUCUUGUUGGUGGGUCCCAAGGCCAACCGAAACCUCAGCAGCAGUCGCAACAGCUAUGGCAAAACAGCUACUAAUCGGUUCAUACCUGACUCGGGUUUUUUCAGGGUCUUGUAACGAGCUUGAAAGUGGCAAUAAUUCAAGUUUGAAAUAAUCUAAUGAUAAGAAACGAGUACUUGCGUUUAGCUGCUGCUGCCCUGUGCCUUGAGAGGUUGUAUUCUACUACCGGUGUUUUAUCGUUUCGGUUCUCAGUUAGUUUUGAUGUAGGAACAUGCGUGCGUGCUAAUUUUUCGUUAGUUUUGACUUUUAUAAACGUUUCGUCGUUUUUGCUUUUUGUUCCUUUCUUUUGUGGGUGUUAAUUCCACUUUCAUUUCCAAGUAAUUUAUAGUUUUUUUGAUGAUCAAA